ACUCCUCCGGUUGCAAAAGUUUGCAAGACACAUCCACAACUAGAGGUCGUCUUUUUUCCCUUCAUGCAGUACACGUAAAUACGCAGCUUCUGCUUUUGCCAAAAGAAGAAAAAUUACAGAAGAGAAGAAGUUGAAGUCUCCUGUUCAUGGACUCUGCUCGAGCUCCUCACCCCCUCUUCCCUUAUAUCCUCUCUAGCUCAAGCUUGCAUCGAUCUCUCGCAGUUCGUCAAUGUCUGUUCCGGCAGAGGUGGUUAAAUCCGACUUGUUGGGCUAUUGGGGUGUCUGGAAGUAGUGUUGGAGCAGCUGGGAAUAGCCUCUUUGGUGAUGCUAAUUAUUUGAAGGGGAGUGAAAAUGGUUCUCUGUUGGGUGGGUUAGAUGAGUCAGCUUCGGCAGGACCAUUUGGGACGUUCGAUGCGGAGAUCACACCGGAGACCGUUGAUUUCUUUGUUAGUGAUGCUGAGGGUGACCCUGAUUGCCCAUCUGCCGGCUACUCUUCCAUAGAGCAGGCGCUUAACACAUUACGCCAAGGAAAGUUUGUGAUUGUUGUAGAUGAUGAAAAUGGGGGAGUUGAAGGAAACCUAGUCAUGGCCGCGUUGUUUGCGAACCCGAAAAACGUAGCGUUCAUGAUCAAGCAGGGGUCUGGGAUUGUCUCAGUAGGCAUGAUGGAGGAGGAUCUUGAAAGAUUGGAGCUUCCUCUCAUGUCACCAGAGACUGAAGAUGAAGACUCUUCUGCUCCCACAUUCACAAUCACAGUGGAUGCAAAAGCUGGAACAUCAACCGGAGUCUCAGCUGCAGACAGGGCAAAAACUGUGGCUGCUCUAUCAUCUAAUGAUUCUAAACCGAAGGACUUCAGAAGGCCUGGCCAUGUGUUUCCCCUCAAGUACCGAAAUGGCGGGGUUCUUAGGAGAGCCGGUCACACUGAGGCUUCAGUUGAUCUCGUUGUUCUGGCCGGCUUAAGGCCGGUGUCUGUUCUUUCAGCAGUAGUUGAUGCCGAUGACGGCUCUAUGGCCUCUUUAUCCAAUUUGAGGACAUUGUCGUUGGAGCAUUCCAUUCCAAUUGUCUCCAUUACUGAUUUGAUCAGGUACAGGAGAAAGAGGGAAAAAUUAGUUGAAAGAAAAGCCGUUUCGCGUCUACCUACGAAAUGGGGUCUAUUUCAAGCCUAUUGCUAUCGCUCGAAGCUAGACGGAACAGAACAUGUUGCAGUUGUAAAGCAAACUGCAACAUUAUUUGUACCGAACUUUGCUGCUAAAGCUAAUGGACAUCAACAGGGAAGCAUUGGAAAUGGACAAGAUGUGCUAGUACGAGUACAUUCGGAAUGUUUGACAGGAGAUAUUUUCGGAUCAGCGCGGUGUGACUGUGGAAACCAGUUGGAUUUGGCAAUGCAGCUAAUCGAACAAGCCGGUCGAGGAGUCGUUGUGUACCUCAGAGGUCAUGAAGGAAGAGGCAUUGGUCUAGGCCACAAACUUCAAGCCUAUAAUCUGCAGGAUCAAGGCCAUGACACCGUCCAGGCCAACAUAGAACUCGGACUAUCUGUUGAUUCUCGUGAAUAUGGGAUCGGUGCCCAGAUAUUGAGAGACAUAGGUGUCCGAACGAUGAGGCUAAUGACAAACAACCCGGCAAAGUUCACCGGUCUAAAGGGAUACGGGUUGGCCGUGGUCGGGAGGGUUCCGGUUUUGACACGAAUCACAGAGGAAAACAAGACCUACUUGGAAACAAAAAGAACAAAGAUGGGACAUGUUUACGGUUCUGAUAUUCAAGGACUUUCAGAUGGAUUGUUCAUCAACCCUAAUGUAAAUGACCAAGGUCUGCCGGAAUCAGGAAAUACUGAAGGUUCAAAUUAUACGUAGCUUUCACACAUGUACAGAUAUUUAAGGAUUUAUUUUUUGUACCACAGAGAGUAAUUCAUUGAUUUUGUUAUUGAUUCCACAAUCAUUUUCUAUCUACUUAUGGGGAUUAUUAUAACGGAA